AGUCACAGGCACUGGGCUAUGGAUACGGUUCAAAGUCCCGCUAUAGAUUGUGUUUAAGUUUUCAGAUAGUGUGAAGCCUCAUGCUGUCAAAAGUUACCUUAGCCGUGUUUAUUCUUUGGAACUAAUCGACAGGCAAUGUAGCAGCCAUUCAUUGCGCAAACACACUUUGGUUAUGACUAACAAUUUCAAACAAAAUAACAAUAUUUUUAAAACAACCAUAACAAUGAAUUCAUUCUUUUGACAAGAAGAUACACACCAAGAUCGAGAGGUCGAAGUAAUCCUUGUAUUCAGAAGGAUCCUGGCGUAGAAGCACAAGACCUCCAGCUUCAUUCCGGCACAGCAGCAGGACGAGAACAGAUCGUUGGUGAAGGAGCACUGGAUUUAACAUCUAACAGACAGUAAGGAGGAACCAUGAACACAAGCUACACUUCUUACGAAUACUACGAUUACCCCGACUGGAGCGACAGCAGAGGAGCUACCAAGCCCCCUGCGGAGGUCAUUCUGCCAUGCGACCCCACAGUCGACGACAAGCUGUUCCACAUAUGCAUCUCUGCCAUUUCUCUUGUAGUGAUGCUGAUCCUCAUCGUCUUGGCCAGACAAAGGAAUCCAAGCCAUCGGAAAGGUGUCACAGAUUUAUUCAGUCCAGUAAACUUCCUGAAUCAGACACAGCGGAAGGGCCUGACAGCGGCCGUGUUUGGGGUACUCUUCUGCGAGCUCUCUGUGGUGGUCCUGUCCCCAAACCCCCUCCCCUUCGUCCAGGACCCCUCUUUUGGGCACAGAGAGUUAUGGAAGAUCCUGGCCCUGUUCUACUACCCUGCUCUCUACUACCCCCUGCUGGCUAGUGGUACACUGCGUAGCAAGGCAGCAUACGUGCUGGGCAGCCUGCUAUCCUGGGUGCAUCUGGGCGUCCUUAUCUGGCAGAAGGCCGAAUGCCCGAAGACUCCUCAGAUCUAUAAGUUCUACGCCCUGUUUGCCAGUCUGCCUCAGAUGGCAGGCCUGGUGUUCCUUAGCCUCCAUUACCCCCUGCUCCUGCUGAAGAGCCAGAAAGAGGCCAGCACCACGGAGACCAGCGAUGCUGCUGAGGGUCUUGACAGCAGCUACUAUAAAGAUUAUGUCAAGAAAAUAUUAAAGAAAAUCCCUUCUAAGACCAGUACCUCCAGCACAGACAAGCCAAAACUGUCCAAGAGACUCUCUGAUACCCUGAAAGCUUACAUCUACACUCCAGAGGAAGUGUUCAGGAUUCCCAUUCUGCUGGCCGCAUCUGUGUUAGUGUCUUUCAUUGCCAUCUAUCAGAUGACGCUGUUACUGGUAUCAGCAUUUGUGCCCACUCUCCAUAUUGUCCGUGCAGGGGUGGAUGAAGAUAUCGCCUUCCUCUUGGCUGGCUUCAACAUCCAUUUGUCAGAUGACCGGGCGGAGGUUGUGAAGAUUGUGGUCUACUACAUGUGGUGUGUUGAGGUGUGCUACCUCUCUGCCAUGACGUUAUCCUGCCUGAUCAGCCUGGUCAUGCUCAUGCGGUCCAUGGUCUUGCACAGGUCAAAUCUCAAAGCGCUGUACAGGGGAGGUGUGAACGAUGUCCACAGCCGCCUGAAGGCCUCGCGACCCUCGCGCUCCGCCCUUGUGUGUUGGAUGGGCUUCACCAGCUACCAGGCUGCCCUCGUCUGCAUAGGGAUGGUCAUCCAGACGAUUGUAUUCUUCAUCUGUCUCCUGUUCGCUGUUUUUCUCCUCAUCAUUCCAAUCCUGCACGGGCAGAACCUCAUACUCUUCAACAUGCUCAAGAGCACAUGGCCCUAUUGGUUGACGUUGCUCUCUGUCUUGGUUAUUCCUCACGUGGCUGCCAAGCUGGCCUUCAUCAAAACGGAUGCAGGGACAAGGGACUUGGACAACAGGAGCGCUCUGUUCCUGCUGACUUACCUCCUCUUCCUGGUAAACGUCCUUGUGGGGGCGUUUUUGGGGGCGUGGCGGUUGGUGGUCACCGCCCUCUACAACAUCAUCCACCUGGGCCGCAUGGAUAUCAGCCUGCUCAACCGCGGGGCGGAGCCUUUCGACCCUGGGUAUUCUUGCUAUGUGCAGUAUCUGAGGAUAGAGGUGAACCAGUCCCACCCCGUGAUGAAGGCAUUCUGUGGGCUGUUGCUGCAGUCAGUCAGAAGGGAUUGCAGUGCGGUAAAGAAGAUGUGUGAUGCAGAGGAGGGCAUCCAGCUCGUGGGUCAGGAGAAGUGGCAGGCCAGGUCAUCCAGCGCCAGGCGUGCGCGGGCGCGCUGGCUCCUCCUCCUCACCCUCGUGAAUAACCCCACCUUGGUGGGCUCCAGGAAGCCCUUCCAUAAGCCAGGCUCUGAAGGCCUUGUGAACGGGACGCUCAGCCACGCCUCUGCUGCUGCCAACGCCGCCGCGGAGCCCAGCAGGAAGGAUGGCGGGAAAGACAGUGAAACGCCGCGCCCGUCUGACACAACCCGCCCACCCUCGAAAACGCACCUGGUGUGAAAUUGGCUUAAUGGAAGUAGACAAGUGACACUACCUUUAAUGAAUCACUUCCUAGCUUUGUGGCUUUACCAGGAUAUUAUGAGGGGUUGUUGCUCUUUAUAUCAUACAAACCUUUGGAAGCCCUUUUAAGGCCUACAUAACUUUGUGAGCUUGGAAUUAUUACCUCUGUAAAACAUUUGUAAAGAACAGUAGAGCUUUAUGACAGAUGUAGUAAAUAUAGAUAUACACAUUGUUAUGUAAAAAUUAAUUACAUGAAAACAUCUAGCACUACUUGUUAAAUGUCUUAAAGGUGAACUUUUUUUUGACUCGAUUAAGGUAUUAAAACCGCUUUGUAUAAGUUAACUUCCGCUUAAGACUAUCUGUGUGGGGCUCUAGAGGCAGCAGCCGGCAGCUUCCUGUCAUGAAUGGUCUAGAUCUGAAAUGGUUUUCCAUGUCAAUCCACUCCCGCUGUUUUUUUUGUUUGUUUUGUUUUGUUUUUGCGCACUUAUUCAGAACUAGACGAUAGCGAAGGAUGCACUCCAUUCCAACCUGAAAGGCUGUUUAUGGAUCUAUAUAAUGCUGUUUAAUGGAUUUCGUUUAUUUUAAGCAUCCUUCUGUUUUCACACUUAAUGUAAUAUUGGAUGUAGUAAGCAUUGCUAAUACUCACUUAUAAAAAAAAAAAAGCAAUAUAUGAAUAUAUAAUAUUUUACGAUUGUCGUGGUAACACGCUUUCACCAGUAAUUUUAUUGUUGUUUUCCUUUAAUUAUCAGUAUUGUCUCAGGGUCAAAGGUAAUGUUAUCCAACACUUCA